GGGGCGGAGCAAAAGGCGAAUGAGGGCAAACACUGGGUAUUCGACGGCGAGGGAGUUUGUGUGUCUAUGUGCGUGUGUUCCGCGCGCGUGCGCGCGGAGGUGCCGUGGUUGGUUUAGCGGUCGCCCCUGUCGCUCCCCUUCCCCCCUCCACAACCCGGGCAGAACCGUCAGGUAGAAAAUGGGGAAAAAAAGCCGAGUGAAAACACAGAAGUCAGGUACUGGAGCUACAACAGCUGUCUCUCCAAAGGAGAUAUUGAAUCUGAUUAGUGAAUUGUUACAGAAAUGUAGCAGCCCAACUCCUGGUCCUGGAAAAGAGUGGGAGGAAUAUCAGCAGAUCCGAGCUCUUGUUGAGAGAAUUCGUAAAAAGCAGAAAGGUUUAUCUAUUAUAUUUGAUGGGAAAAGAGAAGAUUAUUUCUCUGAAUUAAUAAAAUGGGCCGGAGAGAAUGGUGCAGCCACAGAUGGUUUUGAAGUAGCUAAUUUUGGAGAAGAGGGUUUUGGAUUAAAAGCCACACAAGAUAUAAAAGCAGAAGAACUUUUUCUCUGGGUUCCCAGAAAAUUGUUAAUGACCGUAGAGUCAGCUAAAAAUUCAAUCCUGGGUCCUCUAUAUUCUCAAGAUCGAAUUCUCCAAGCUAUGGGCAAUAUUACAUUAGCUUUUCAUCUUCUCUGUGAACGAUACAACCCUAAUUCCUUCUGGCUACCUUAUAUCCAGACCCUCCCAAAUGAAUAUAAUACUGCUCUUUACUUUGAGGAAGAUGAAGUUCAAUAUCUUCAGUCAACUCAGGCCAUACACGAUAUUUUUAGCCAGUAUAAAAAUACUGCCCGACAGUAUGCCUAUUUCUACAAAGUUGUACAGACCCAUCCUAAUGCCAGCAAACUGCCAUUAAAGGAUUCUUUCACUUAUGAUGAUUACAGGUGGGCAGUUUCCUCAGUCAUGGCUCGACAAAACCAGAUUCCUGCUGAGGAUGGCUCUAGGGUUACAUUAGCUCUGAUACCUUUAUGGGACAUGUGUAAUCACACCAAUGGACUGAUUACUACAGGCUACAAUUUAAAAGAUGAUCGCUGUGAAUGUGUGGCACUUCAAGAUUUUAAAGCUGGUGAACAGAUUUACAUUUUUUAUGGCACUCGGUCAAAUGCUGAAUUUGUGAUCCACAGUGGAUUUUUCUUUGAUAGUAAUUCACAUGACAGAGUGAAAAUAAAGCUCGGAGUAAGUAAAAGUGACAGGCUGUAUGCUAUGAAGGCAGAAGUCUUAGCUCGUGCUGGAAUCCCAACUUCCAGUGUUUUUGCUUUGCAUACAACGGAACCUCCGAUCUCUGCUCAACUACUGGCUUUUCUUAGAGUAUUUUGUAUGACUGAAGAUGAGCUGAAAGAACAUUUGAUAGGGGAGCAUACUAUUGACAGAAUCUUCACCCUUGGUAAUUCAGAAUUUCCAGUGAGCUGGGACAAUGAGGUGAAACUUUGGACUUUCCUGGAAGCCAGGGCAUCUCUUCUCUUGAAAACCUACAAGACUACUGUUCAAGAUGACAAAUUCAUUUUGGAAACACAAGAUCUUACCCGUAAUGCAACUAUGGCUAUUAAAUUGCGUUUAGGAGAAAAAGAAAUUUUGGAAAAAGCAAUAAAAAGUGCUGCUGCUAAUCGAGAGUACUAUAGCAAACAAAUGGCAGAAGAAGCACCCCUUCCCAGAUAUGAAGAAAGUAAUGUUGCCUUGCUGGAGAACACUGUGGCAGACUCGAGCCUCCCAAUUGUCCUGAGAAAUUUGGAUGAAGAGACAGAGGAGCCACAGGAUUUAAAGAUUGAGGAAAGCAUCAGUGCAGAAGCAAAUGGAUUUGUGAAUGGGGACAGUUCUUUGCUUAAUAGGACCAAAUUGGAAAAUGAAAAGCUAAAUCAAGAAGAAAGCAGCAGAGAGACUGAGGAUACCAAAGAAUCUUCUUCAGACAGUACUGAUGAGGUUAAGGAAUAGCUCUAAAUCAUUCUGGUUUUAUUGUGGAAAACUAGCAGGUGUUCUUAUUCUCCUCUUUGAACAAUAAUUUACAUUGGUGUUUUCUUAACAUUUCUUUCUGCAGAGGAGUGAGGGGUGCUUUUUAACAAGAAAAAAAGGUUUUAAGUUAUUUAAAAGAUUUAGCAUCCCUUUUCUAUUAAGAUUGCCAUCUUGCUUUU